CUCCGCGGCCGCCGCCGUGUUGUGUGUCUGCUGGGAGGCGAGGAGGAUGGUGACAGCGGGAGGAUGGAGUCCGUUUUAUCCAAGUAUGAAAACCAGACCACUGUCUUAUCGGAAUACCUAGAAGAAUUUCCAGAAACAGAUGGGUCAGUGUGGAUCUUGGGAAGGCAAUACCACCUUAAGACAGACAAAUCUAAAUUAUUGUUGGAUAUAAGUGCUCGUCUGUGGUUUACAUACAGAAAAAAAUUUUCACCAAUUGGAGGCACGGGCCCUUCAUCCGAUACUGGCUGGGGAUGCAUGCUGCGAUGUGGACAGAUGAUGCUGGCACAGGCUCUGAUUUGCAGGCAUUUAGGAAGGGAUUGGCAUUGGGAGAGACACAAAAAACAACCUGAGGAAUAUCACAACAUCUUGCGAUGCUUCAUAGACAGAAAAGAUUGCUGUUAUUCUAUCCACCAAAUGGCACAGAUGGGUGUAGGAGAGGGGAAGUCGAUUGGAGAAUGGUUUGGACCAAAUACAGUUGCACAAGUGCUAAAAAAGCUUGCUUUAUUUGAUGAAUGGAAUUCCUUAGCAGUUUAUGUAUCUAUGGACAAUACCGUGGUCAUUGAAGACAUCAAGAAAAUGUGUUGGUCCCCUUCUCAGAGCAGCAGUGCUGCACGUGGCAGCAUGCGCUCACACAGAAGUGCUCUCAGUCAAAACAAGAACACAGCAGGGUUUUGCUCAGGCUGGAAACCUCUCUUGCUCAUUAUACCUCUACGACUGGGGAUAAAUCACAUCAAUCCGAUUUAUAUUGAUGCUUUUAAAGAAUGUUUUAAGAUGCCACAGUCUUUGGGGGCAUUAGGAGGGAAACCAAAUAAUGCCUACUAUUUCAUAGGAUUUUUAGGAAACGAGCUCAUCUAUUUGGACCCUCACACCACUCAGAUUUUUGUAGAUUUGGAGGAAAACGGUCUGGUUGAUGACCAGAGCUUCCAUUGUCAGCAGGCCCCACAUCGAAUGAAGAUCAUGAAUUUGGAUCCCUCCGUAGCAUUAGGCUUCUUUUGUAAAGAAGAAAAAGACUUUGAUAACUGGUGUAGUCUUGUACAAAAGGAGAUUCUGAAGCAGCAGGGUCUUCGGAUGUUUGAGUUAGUUCAAAAUCAUCCAGCCCAUUGGCCUCCUUUCAUACCUCCAGCAAAACCAGAAGUGACAACCUCAGGAGCAGAACUUAUUGAAUCUACCGAUAAACUGCUUGAGUUGGAAGAAGAAUUUGAAAUCCUGAGUGUAUGAAGGAAGCUAUGGUGAUUUUUCUGUGUUGAACAUAUUGCAUUGACUUCAGACAAACAGCCAUUCUAGCCCACAAGUGCCUGAAAUUAUGGACAACAGAGCACAAAACCAUAGCAGCACCCAAAACUCAGACAGUGACAGUUUAACAUAUCUUCCCUGGGUGGAAAGAGCAGCAAAGAUCCCAUUGUCAGACACGUAAAGGGAAUCUCUGCUUCCAGCAUGCAUCUUAUUUGAAGACAAAUGGACCUUUUGAGAUGAAGGCAAAAACAAUAUAUUAAAGUAAAGACUAUGGUAUAUCACUGGGCUCUACCUUUGAAGAAAGGGGUGACUCAAAUGGAUAUUCUUGCUCUCGUAUGCAAUUGUGUAGUCCUUUAAAAAAAGCAAAAUGGCGUUGAGUUAAGGGAGGAUGUUUACUUCUGUUCCCUCCUGUGGGCUGCAUCAUAGGAAUAAAUUCAUCAUCUUGUUUAAAAGAUCAACUGGAUCAGGAGAAAAUUGUUUCCUUGUUAAAUAUUUUAACAUGUAUUUGAGCAACCACACUUUUUAUUACAAAAAUGUUUCUGUAAAAGGAACUAUGUCUAAUGUAUACAUUUGGAACAGCCUUCCUGUUUCUGGGAGACCUAAAACAAACAGGAGACUCAAUUCGUUGAUAUAGAUCACGAUCACUGCUAUAGUUACGACCUAUUUCACCUUGACCUUAAAACUUAGGUUGAUGAUUUUUGUUAAAACAAGAAGUCAAAGGUGGUUUUUUUAAAUUGUAUCUUAUUUAUUUUAAAAUAGAUUUAUUUACACAAGUUUCUCUGUAACAGCACUUUAUAUGUGCAUCUAAUAAAUUUCUUAAGCUUUUCAUAGGC